CAAAACCUGGCCAGCAGCCCGAGCGAGUAGGAGCCAUGUGACUCUGGUGAGUUGGAGUGUGCAAUUGCCUCCUGCUUCAGAGCUACCUGAUCCGAAUACUAAGCAGAGCGAGUGCCGGGCUGAGUGUAGGACAUUGAAGACACUGCAGAGAAAGGUGCUUAUUCCAGAGGCGUUACAAAACAUGGAGAUUAAAGACCAGGGAGCUCAAAUGGAGCCGCUGCUGCCUACGCCCUGAAGAUGCUGAGACAUAGAGAUGGCUGUGAUUAUCUUUUAUAAGACAGGAAAUGCAAUCUUUAGGGGUUUCUGGAAAUAGAAAGGUCAUGCAGUCUGGAACCUGUGAGCCUUUUCAAUCUCUAAGUCAUCAGAGAAAUGAUGAAGAGGCAGUUGUGGAUAGAGGUGGAACUCGUUCUAUUCUCAAAACACACUUUGAGAAAGAAGAUUUAGAAGGUCAUCGGACACUAUUUAUUGGAGUUCAUGUGCCCCUGGGAGGAAGAAAAAGCCAUCGACGUCACAGGCAUCGUGGUCAUAAACACAGAAAGAGAGACAGAGAGAGAGAUUCGGGAUUAGAGGAUGGAAGGGAGUCACCUUCCUUUGACACGCCAUCACAACGAGUACAGUUUAUUCUUGGAACUGAGGAUGAUGAUGAAGAACACAUUCCUCAUGACCUUUUCACAGAACUGGAUGAGAUUUGCUGGCGUGAAGGUGAGGAUGCUGAAUGGCGAGAAACAGCCAGGUGGCUGAAGUUUGAAGAAGAUGUGGAAGACGGAGGAGAAAGAUGGAGCAAGCCUUAUGUGGCCACUCUGUCAUUGCACAGCUUGUUUGAGCUGAGAAGUUGUAUUCUGAAUGGAACUGUGUUACUGGACAUGCAUGCCAACACUUUAGAAGAAAUUGCAGACAUGGUCCUUGACCAACAAGUAAGCUCAGGUCAGCUCAAUGAAGACAUACGUCACAGGGUCCAUGAGGCACUGAUGAAACAGCAUCACCACCAGAAUCAGAAAAAACUCACCAACAGAAUUCCCAUUGUUCGUUCCUUUGCUGAUAUUGGCAAGAAACAAUCAGAACCCAAUUCCAUGGAUAAAAAUGCAGGUCAGGUUGUUUCUCCUCAGUCUGCUCCAGCCUGUGUUGAAAAUAAAAAUGAUGUGAGCAGAGAAAACAGCACUGUUGACUUUAGCAAGGGACUGGGAGGCCAACAAAAGGGGCAUACUAGUCCCUGUGGGAUGAAACAAAGGCAUGAAAAAGGACCUCCACACCAGCAAGAGAGAGAGGUUGAUCUGCAUUUUAUGAAAAAGAUUCCUCCGGGUGCUGAAGCUUCAAACAUCUUAGUUGGGGAAUUGGAAUUCUUGGAUCGAACUGUGGUUGCGUUUGUGAGGUUGUCUCCUGCUGUAUUGCUUCAAGGCCUGGCUGAAGUCCCAAUUCCAACCAGAUUUUUGUUCAUUCUUCUGGGACCCCUGGGAAAGGGUCAACAGUACCAUGAGAUUGGCAGAUCAAUUGCAACCCUAAUGACAGAUGAGGUAUUUCAUGAUGUUGCUUACAAAGCUAAAGAUCGCAAUGACUUGGUAUCAGGAAUCGAUGAAUUUCUAGAUCAGGUUACUGUUCUUCCUCCUGGAGAAUGGGAUCCAAGCAUUCGUAUAGAGCCUCCCAAAAAUGUUCCUUCCCAGGAGAAGAGGAAGAUUCCUGCUGUACCAAAUGGAACAGCUGCUCAUGGGGAAGCAGAGCCCCACGGAGGACACAGUGGACCUGAACUCCAGCGAACUGGAAGGAUUUUUGGGGGACUUAUUUUAGAUAUCAAAAGAAAAGCUCCAUACUUCUGGAGUGACUUCAGAGAUGCUUUCAGCCUGCAGUGCUUAGCAUCUUUUCUAUUUCUCUACUGCGCGUGUAUGUCUCCAGUCAUCACGUUUGGAGGACUGCUGGGAGAAGCAACGGAAGGUCGUAUAAGUGCAAUCGAAUCUCUCUUUGGAGCAUCUAUGACUGGGAUAGCCUAUUCGCUCUUUGGUGGACAGCCUCUUACCAUAUUGGGCAGUACAGGACCAGUUUUGGUGUUUGAAAAGAUUUUGUUUAAAUUUUGCAAAGAAUAUGGGCUGUCGUACCUGUCUUUAAGAGCUAGUAUUGGACUUUGGACGGCAACCCUUUGUAUCAUACUUGUGGCGACCGAUGCAAGCUCCCUCGUCUGCUACAUCACCCGGUUCACUGAAGAAGCUUUCGCCUCUCUUAUUUGCAUCAUCUUCAUCUAUGAGGCCCUAGAGAAGUUGUUUGAACUCAGUGAAGCAUAUCCAAUCAACAUGCAUAAUGAUUUGGAACUGCUGACCCAAUACUCGUGUAACUGUGUAGAACCGCAUAAUCCUAGCAAUGAUACAUUGAAGGAAUGGAGGGAGUCCAAUAUUUCUGCUUCUGACAUAAUUUGGGAGAACCUAACUGUGUCGGAAUGCAAAUCGUUGCAUGGAGAAUAUGUUGGACGAGCCUGUGGCCAUGAUCACCCAUAUGUCCCAGAUGUUCUGUUUUGGUCAGUGAUCCUGUUCUUUUCCACAGUUACUCUGUCAGCCACCUUGAAGCAGUUUAAGACCAGCCGCUAUUUUCCAACCAAGGUUCGAUCCAUAGUGAGUGACUUUGCUGUCUUUCUUACAAUUCUGUGUAUGGUUUUAAUUGACUAUGCCAUUGGGAUUCCAUCUCCAAAACUACAAGUACCAAGUGUUUUCAAGCCUACCAGAGAUGAUCGUGGCUGGUUUGUUACACCUUUAGGUCCAAAUCCAUGGUGGACAGUAAUAGCUGCUAUCAUUCCAGCUUUGCUCUGUACUAUUCUAAUUUUUAUGGACCAACAGAUUACAGCUGUCAUCAUCAACAGAAAAGAGCAUAAGCUAAAGAAAGGUUGCGGGUACCAUCUGGAUCUAUUGAUGGUGGCUGUCAUGCUAGGGGUGUGCUCCAUCAUGGGCCUGCCAUGGUUUGUGGCUGCCACUGUCCUGUCCAUCACUCAUGUCAACAGCUUAAAACUGGAAUCAGAAUGUUCAGCUCCAGGAGAACAGCCCAAGUUUCUUGGCAUCCGGGAGCAAAGGGUUACUGGGCUUAUGAUUUUUAUUCUUAUGGGUUCAUCAGUCUUCAUGACCAGUAUUCUGAAGUUUAUUCCCAUGCCCGUGCUAUAUGGGGUGUUUCUUUAUAUGGGUGCUUCAUCUCUAAAGGGAAUUCAGUUCUUUGAUAGAAUAAAGCUCUUCUGGAUGCCUGCAAAACAUCAGCCAGAUUUUAUAUACCUAAGGCAUGUGCCACUUCGAAAAGUCCAUCUCUUCACAGUUAUUCAGAUGAGUUGCCUUGGCCUUUUGUGGAUAAUAAAAGUUUCAAGAGCUGCUAUUGUCUUUCCCAUGAUGGUGUUAGCUCUGGUAUUUGUGAGAAAAUUGAUGGACUUUCUGUUUACAAAACGGGAACUCAGCUGGUUGGAUGAUUUAAUGCCCGAGAGUAAGAAAAAGAAACUAGAAGAUGCUGAAAAAGAAGUAAGUCUGAGCAAAAUCAGUAUCUUAUCAAGAGACAAAAAAGGAGCACUUGCAUAGUAACAGCUCUUUGCAAAAUUUAUCCCAUGUUUAUAUUUAGAUAGUUAGCAGUUACUAACAACCACAGGUGGAUUAUUAAUGUUUGGAGGGUUAAUGUUUAAAAUCAUAAACUUGAAACUUGAGCACAAACCUUACAUGAGAAAACCAAACCCUAGUGAAAUAAGCAAACACUUUGUACUUCAUUAUCCUCCAAAUUGUAAGCUUUGCUUUUCUAUUCCCUCCCUUGUGGAUGGCAGAACCUUACUGAUGCUUAACUAUUUCCAAGUUAUGGUCCCGCAAUGACUGCUUUUUGGUUG